AUGAAUGCCACGAGCGCAAUGGGUCCAUGUCCGGGUGUUAUUACGAACGAGAUCAUCCUGGACCCAUACCAGAAUGUUGGUCAGUAUGGGGGCGCGAUAUUUGGUGCAGGACUUCCCGCGCUGUUCUUCCUGGCUUUCUGCGGGUUUAACUGCUGUCGGGUAAUUUAUGACGACGAAGGCGGUUGCCAAGUCGUGGAUAGCUGGCCCGGAUUUUGCUACCGGAUCCUAUACACAGGCUACUUCGCGCUCUUCACCGUCUCCCUGCUAUUGCAGGUCCUUGCUCAUCUGAUGUCCUUCGCGGGUGAAAACACCGAGCUGCUCUUUGCCCGUGUGCUACUCGUUCUGGCAUGUGGCUGUCGGCUGUGUAUCGGCGUUGGUGUAGCUGAGAAGCUAUUUCCGAAUCGUCUCUGGAUCCUGGCUUGGAUGUCCAGUGUCGGAUUAACGGUCGGUUUCGUCGCAGUCAUCUUGGAGGUGUCCGAUGCUUUCGGUACCGAGGAUCCGGGGGAGUACGUCGAGGCGUCGGCCGUGAGCGUCGCAUACUUGUGGAUGAUCCUGAGUUGGACACUGGCUUCAUGGAAGAACCUGAAGAUCCGGCCCUACUUGAAGAUAAAGGUGCCUGCAUCCAUUGCCUUGAUGGCAGCGUUUUGGAUGCGCGCACUGCUCGAGCCCGGCUGCGGCCCGCGAGGUCAUGCCGAGUGCUACGCCUCAUGUGGAGUCGGAGCCGCUGGUGUUCACCACAUACUCUUCGGCGCACUGCUCUUGAUCCCACACGUUGUCUUGCAGCUCUUGCAGGUGGAGCGAGAUAGGGAUCUUGUCGCUUUUCCCCGGUGCUGCGGAUCCUCUACCCGUACACAGCCCUGA